GGAGAAUGGUAGAAAUCAUGGGGAAAUGAUUGUAUUUAUUAGCUGUCUUUCUGCGGCUGUCCCCAUGGAGACAAUUUGUGAUGGCAAAGAAUGCAAGGAGGGGAGGCUGAUGCCUGAUUGGGAUGCUUUGUAUUUGGCAAAGUGGCUUCUGAUUGGCCUGGGAGAGCCCCGAACUCGCUGGAGUCGAUAUUCAUUCAGCUUGCUCAAGUGCUUGCUAAACUGCAUCCAAACACUGGCGGGCCCUGGCUGCCUCCACCGAGGUUGGCGGUGUGUAACCUGCCUAACGAGAUUAGCGGGGAAGGGGCUCUCCUCUGCAGCGACGCAGCCGCCAGCACCGGUGAGAAAAGCUGCCGCGCGCCGGGUUUGCCAAAGUUUGUCCGAAGAAGGAUUAUAAACUUUUAAUGGGAAACUCUGCACAGUGCAUUCAGUGAGAUGGCAUCAGACAGCGAGGUAAAAACUCUACUGAACUUCGUUAACCUGGCUUCGAGCGACAUCAAAGCGGCUCUGGAUAAAUCAGCUCCUUGUCGCCGGUCAGUUGACCACAGAAAAUACUUGCAGAAGCAGCUCAAGCGGUUUUCUCAGAAGUACUCACGAAUCCCACGAUGUCACCCCAGCAAACCUCCUGAGUGCGGCUGGCGCAGGGGGGCAGAGGACCGGGCCCGCGGCCCCCAGCCCGAGGCACCAGACUCCGGCCCCCACGGUGGGGCUGCCGCCGAAAAGGUGAUGCAGACAGCCGAGGCAGAGGAGAACCUCACCGGGGAACGGGUUUUGCAGGAACAAAAACCCGAGGCUGCCCGACCUGACCAGGUGCCCAUGAGGAAGCGCCAGCUCCCCGCCUCCUUCUGGGAAGAGCCACGGCCGGCCCAGAGCCUGACGGGCAGGGCUUUUCCUGCCAGCCCUGAGGGGUUCCAAGCCCCCAGAGACCCUCCUCCCUAUGAGGGGAAGAAAAGCAAAAGGAGCCCAGAUGCUGCUGGCCAGGAGAGCCCCCCUGACCCUGCGCCACAUGCCGGGGAGAAGGACCCUGCCGGGGCCCUCUCAGGCCGGGUGGGUGCUUGGACCUGCUGCCCCUUUCCCUGCCCCGGCCCAGGCGUGUACCAGCCCCCGGGCGCGCUGCCCCCGUCGCCCUUCCCGGGGCUGGGGCUGUGGAGGAAGAGUGCGGCCGCGCUGCCGGCGGAGGUGCCGCAUUUCUGCAAGGAGGCCGAUGGCCCGGGGCAGAAACUCUACAGGCCCAUGGUUCUGAAACCCAUCCCCACCAAGCCCGCCAUCCCCCCACCCAUCUUCAAUGUUUUCGGCUAUCUUUAGCGGGGCGGGUGUCGGAGUCAUGCCGAACACGACAGCUCCUGAGGGGGAUUUGAAAGGCCCGGUCAGCCUCCGGGCAUGAGUUGCUGGCAGCGCGGAGCGGCAGGAGAAGGAGGCCGGCGCUCACACCCGUCUGCCUUGUGGGCGGGCUGGAGGGAAUUAGUAACUGCUGGGAAGGUACUUGGGCUGCACUCUCCUCUCAGCACACGGGGGUAAAUCGGGAAUAAACCUUGCGAAGCCGGUGGCAUGGAGCAUGAGGCACACCAGGUCUCUCAUCGAGGGGCAUUGUCUGAGCCGCGGCGAGCGGGGCUGCGGGCCGUUCAUAGCCGCACUUGUAACACCUAGGAGACCUUCUCCACGUGGGAACAUCUUUCUGGGGCUGCCUUGAGGCAGCAGCAGUGAAAUGGAAUGAAUUAAAUGCAUUCAAAGGGGUUUUGUACUUAAAAGUAAUUCCAGAGAAGUCAAGAUAUUCAGGUCAUUUCGUUUUGCAUGCAAGAGACUGGAAGGAUGGUAUUUGAGAUAGAAACCACUUGUGAUUGAUUUAAGCUCUUGUUGUAUGUAAAUACUGAGAGAAUUAAAAGAAAAAAAUAAGGAAAGAAAGGAGGUAAUUUUAUUUUGGUGAUUCUGCAAAUGCAGUCUGUUUAGUGUUUCCCCACUGGGUAGGCACAGGUUUGAUUUGCAACUGGUGGGGAGAUAUGAGGGCUGAAAUCUCUGCCUAUUCAGACUGAUAUAAAUCAGAAGUAAUUCUUCUGGGGCUAGGAUAUUAGCUAGUGCUAAGCUGGUGCAAAUGGAAGUGGGAUGAAUUUUCACAUCAGGAAUUGCUCUGCAUCAACAGAAUAAAUGAGGAAUUGUAUUAGUUUAAUACAAAACCAUUAGGUGCGAUGGAAGAAAAAAGUAAAGAAUAGACUGCCUUGAUUUCUGGCUGAGAGACAUCUUUUAUUUUGGCUGAUUUUAAGAUGUUAUCACAAGACCUGUCUGUGAAUGUUUUGCCUAGUAUUUUCCUAUUUUUUUUAACAAAUUGUCAUUGGAGAAUUUAAUAGGAAGUGUUUUUAAGUUAGGUUUCUCUUAAACCCAUGGAGAAAGUGGUAUUAAGACACAGAACAUGGAAUGUGAGAGGUUUAAUAUUGCAGGUGUAUGUAUCCAUUUGGUUAUACUGGAGUAAAUCACUGAAGUCAAGAGAAGUAUAUUUUGGGAGGAAAAAGGGCCAGAGAAUGGACACCUGUGAUCUCCCAGGGCCUGAACCUGCUGUUGCUGAAGCUAAUGGGGACUUCUCCCAGCAUUCAAUAAAAAGUGGCCUUGAUUGAUUUGGUCUCUGACUAGCAUAGCUCUCUAUGACUCCUGAUACUUCUUCAAGGCAAAAACAGAAAACACUUCAUUUGAGUGCAUUGCAGUCAUUAAAAAGGUUAUAAUCUGAAGCAAUUGUAGAGUAUCAUUUUGUAUCUUCUAAUGGCCUUGGUAUUAUAUAACCAGGUUGCACCUUUUAUUAGGAUAUGAACUGCCACUGGGAUUAGAUCAUUUGGUUAGAGUCUGGUGCUGAUAAUGCCAAGGUUGUGGAUUUGAUCCCUGUACAGGAUUCACUUAAGACUUGGACUUGAUGAUCCUUGUGGGUGCCUUCCAACUUAGAAUAUUCUGUGAUUCUACUCCCAGGCUACAAGUGGUUUGCUCUUUCUCCAAACCUCACACAUCCCACCAGUGUUCACUUUUAUGGAAAUAAUGUCUGUAAGGUGUUAGGAGUGCAAGUCAGAAGUGCAGAUGGCUUUCAUUGCUUUCACCCUGCUAUACGCACUUAAUGUAUGUAUCAAGCCAGUACAGACUAUACCUAUAGGACAGAGAGCAGGAAAUAUCUUUGGUAGCACAUACCUGCAACUACGUGCAAGGUGUGAGGUGCUAAAGAGCUAAUCUAGGGGUUAAAGAUGUCAGGUUAGCUCUUGAUCCAGAAAUGAAGAUAGGAACAUACUUAGACGCUUUUCCCUUUUUUUGGAAAAAAUCCAUGAGGAAACUCUGUCCCUCUCCAAAAGAAGAAUAACAGAAACCAGAGCCAUUGAAGUUAAAGGUAGGAGAACAAGGGCUUUUAAUUUACAGACCUGUAGGCAAGGAAGUUUUUUUACAUGGAAAUGGGGGACUUUUCUCACAUCAGUAGCUCUGUGUCACUGCUGUAAUCCAGAUGCAGCCAGAUGCUGAACUCUGUCUCAGUACUAUCAACGCAGAGUGGCCUCCUUGGUAUUGGUCUGGAUUUCCAUCUGGGUGGCUGGACCACGUCUUGGAAUGAAUUAGUGGUAUUGCAGUGGUUGCUGUGCUCAAGUGUUCCUCCUUGAUUUCAGAAGGGAAUUUUCAAAGUGCUGUGGAUCACACCAGAGUAAGUAUUUCUAUAAAAAUUAAAAUACUUGGCAAAGUGGAUAGCCUCUGUAUAAAUUUUAUUU